AUGGGCUCCCACGCGUGGGUCUCCGUGCUGUGGGUGAUGAUCUCCUGGAUGUUCUGCACAGGUUGUGAGCCUCCUCUGGAUGGAGGAGUUUCCUCUCGGAAUGAGACCCUUUCUGCCCCGGCCGCGCACGCGAGCUCCGCUGUCCACGUGCGCAACAAACGCUGCUCCUGCGCAACUUUCCUGGACAAGGAGUGCGUGUACUUCUGCCACCUGGACAUCAUCUGGGUCAACACGCCCGAGCGCGUGGUCUCGUACGGAAUGGGCAACGCGCCCCGGUCCAAGCGCGCGCUCCCGGACUCCGUGGGAACGCGGCGCGCCCCGCGCUGCCGGUGUCUCCGGGAAACCGACGGCGGCUGCACGAGCUUCUGCCUCAGGCAAGAGGUGGCGUCGGUGGAGACGGAGAGGAGACGCACACGCGCACCGGGAGCUGAACCGGGGGGACCGGAGAGGUGA